CAGACUCAAAAGUGAAAAUAGAAAUUGGUCACUAACAACGCCAAAUAUUGAAGAAAAAAAAGUUACACUCUUUUACCAAACAUGACGAACCCUUUUUGGGGACCUUAUCUUUCUAACAGACAGUGGGGAACUGUUAGAGAGGAUACUAGCUCCGAUGGAAACAGCUGGGAAAGUUUUCCGUUUGAAGAUGCCAGGAAGAGGAGUUAUAAACAUGGAGAAGAUGGCAUGUUUGGAUUCUGUGAUUCAUCAGGCACUUUAAUCACAAGACUGAGUUUAUGGAACCACAAGGAUGAGUUCCUAAAAGAGAGAUUCUUUGGACUAUCUGGACCUCAGGGUAACCAUGGUGAAGACAUUAAGGAAGUGUUUUAUUAUUUGGACGGGCUUCCCGAUCACUCGUACAUGAAAGCCCUAUACAGAUAUCCCCAGAAUGAGUUCCCAUACGAUGAACUCCUACAGAUGAACCUGGAGAGAAAUGAACAAGAACCAGAGUUUGAACUCACUGAUACAGGUAUAUUUGAUGACAAUGAGUACUUUGAUGUUAUGGUGGAGUAUGGGAAAGAUCCUGAGAAUGAGAGAAAUCUUGUUUGUUGUUACACAAUCACAAACCAUUCUGACCAAUCAGCAGAGCUCACUGUUCUCCCUCAGUUCCUUUGUAAAGAUUAUCAUCCGAUUUCAUUGGCCCAGGAUGGCAAAACAGUUAGAGUGGAUUAUUCUAAAGGAAAAUUUGGAAUCCGAGUUGACUGUGACCAAGAAGUCUAUCAGGAUAAGAUAUUCCUGGGAAAGGGAAAGCAAUUUACAGAUGUUAUUUGCACUGGUAAUCAAGAAAAAGAUGAUCCCAGUAACAAUUGCGAAGACAUAGAGAAGUUUGGUUGUCAGAUGAAAGUUACAGUCAAACCUCAUAAUUCCACACAAAUCUUUUGGUCCAUGUUCGAAGAAAGGAAAGAGUCAAAAUCCUCACCAAAGGGCAUUUUAGACAUUUGUAAGAAGAAUGCAGAGGAGUUUUAUAACCAACUUUUACAGAAUUUUUCACCAGAACAAAAAUUAGUGGCAAGACAAGCAUUUGCUGGACUUCUGUGGAACAAGCAGUUGUAUUGUUAUGAUGUUGGGAGUUGGCGAAAAAAUCUUGAUGAGUAUCAUCUAAACCAAUAUCGCUGGCUUUUUCCUCAUGGCGGCAGCUUUACUAUGGAGGAUGUAAAAAUUCUAAUGGAAUCCCCAUGUUGUGAUUUAAUGAAGGAAAAGGAGUAUAAAGGCUUUGUUGCUAAACAUAAAUUCAAAAUACUGAAGCAAGAGUUGGCAGAGAAAAGUGAAAAUAAGAAAAUAAACUGGGAUGUUCUGUGUCGCAACAAAGACUGGACUCAUCUAUCCAGCUAUGACGUGUUAGCUGUUCCAGACAAGUGGGAAUUCCCUUGGUUUGCCACUUGGGAUACAGCUUUUCAGAUGGUGCCGUAUGCCAGACUAGAUCCAGGAUUUGCCAAAAAUCAACUCCUGUUAUUUCUGAGUGAGAAAUUUAUGAAGGACGAUGGACAGAUGCCAGGCUGUGAGUGGGAUAUGGACAUACCCUUCCCACCAGUGUAUGCUUGGUCGUGUUACCAUGUGUUCUCCAGAACUGGGCAUGCAGACAAAGAAUUCUUAAAGCAAAGUUUCCAGAAAUUACAGCUGAAUUAUCAGUGGUGGCUCAAGUCGAUGCACUUUAGAAACAACAGAUAUCUCUUUACUGGCGGGUUCCUGGGACUGGACAACAUCAGUAUUGUAGACAGGUCAUACCACCUUAAGCAGGGCUAUCCACUGAUACAGGCAGAUGCCACGGGCUGGAUGGCCUUCUUCUCUCUCUCCAUGUUUGAAAUAGCCCUGACACUGUCUGCAGAACCUGGGGCGGAUCACAAGUUUUACAGGGCAUGUGUCAAUUAUCUCGACAAAUUCAUAUCAAUUGCAGAAGCCAUGAACAGAAGCAUCAGUGAUGGAGGUUUAUGGAAUCCCCAUGACAAAUUCUACUAUGAUGUCAUAGAAACAGAAUCAGGGGACAGAACUCCUGUUGCCCUGCGUUCUUUAGUCGGCAUUAUUCCAGCACUGGCCUGUCUGAACAUCAAAAUGUCUUCUCUGAAAAACAAACCAGGGAAGAAGAUACUGGAAAAGCUGGAGAAUCUGAUGGAAAAGAAAUCACCUUUUAUAGACAGAAAUGAGGAUGGGGACUUUCUCCUCUGUGCAGUGCCCAAGGCCAGAUUUCACAACAUUCUGAAACACCUCACGGAUGAGGAAGAGUUUCUCUCUCCAUUUGGAAUAAGAUCUUUGUCAAAGGUUUAUGAAAUGGAUCCAUACAGUCUUAAAGUUAGCAAAGAGGUGCAAGAAUACUUGGAUCUGGAUGAUAAGACAGAACUGAAGGUGACAUAUGCCCCUGCUGAAUCUGACACUGGCUUGAUGGGUGGAAACAGUAAUUGGAGAGGCCCCAUCUGGCUAUGUAUGAACUUUAUGAUUGUGGAGAUGUUGAUGAAGAUGGACAGUUUCUAUGGAGAUAAAUUCAGAAUGAUCCACCCCUCUUUAUCUGGUACUGCCAUGAGACUAGGAGAAAUGGCUGGGGACAUCUGUAGUAGAGUGUCCAGUCUCUUCACUGUAAAUAGUAAAACACAGUCUAGACCUUGUCAUGGGAGCUAUGAGAAGUACAAACAUGAAGAAUCUUGGCGUGACUUGGUGUUGUUCUAUGAAUACUUUGACAGCGAAACAGGUAGAGGAUGUGGUGCCAGCCAUCAAACAGGGUGGACAGCGUUGAUUGUGGAGUUUCUUGAUAUUCUG